UCAAGAUACCUAAUCCGUAAAAGCCCCCGGAAUUGCGCCUCAACUAGAUUUCCUGCUAGAUUUAUCGUCGGCCGACACGAAAAUCCUAUCUGUCUGGACACAUACAUCAUCGGACAAAUGAAGCCGAACUCUCCUCGUACACGAAUCGCAACCCGGAAGCCGCUCCCGUGCCUACUCAACACCUCCUCCGCCUCCCCACAUAUUCACGUCGCUGCGCGUCGUACGAAGCCUGGACAGCGACACGCCACGUUUUUCGGGUGAAAGCCAUCGAGCUCUCGCCGACGGCCACCUGCUUUUCCGUUCACAGGGCACGAAGCGAACAUGGGACUUCAGAAGCGUUCGGGCCGCGCGAGGAAAGACGGCGGCGGGUCUGCGCAUUGGGCGGACGCGGACGCGGGAGAGGGCGAGGUCGCGGCGAAGAGAGCGCCGAGCGUGCCGAUGCUGGAGUUGGGGUAUUACUUAGAGGAGCUGUUCAAGAAGAAGGGGUCGGUUAGAGAAGAUGCAUUGACCUCCAUAAUCCAGAUAUUCAGCCACCAGAUAAAGCAUGAAUUCGUCGAGGAUAACUUUGCUACUUUGCUCUAUCGAUUCCUGAAUUGUGUGAAGAAUGGUUCGCCUAAGGAGGUGGCCUUAGCAUCUCGUGCUAUUGGGUUGCUGGCAAUGACAACCAAAUGCAGAGACAAGGCUCGCGAACUAUAUGAAGAAUCUGUUUCCUUAUUUUCCAAGGCACUUAAACCUCAUGCCAAGAAACUCUACAACGAGAUGACGAAUAGCUUGGUGGUGGUUACCUACUUCUGUGCAGAUGCUUCGGUGGAGACUGAAAAGUCUAUGCAGAUUUUAUGGGAUUUCAUCCACCAACAAGGUGGCACUAAUAUAUCUGAGGAUGCUGAUGCACUGUCCAUUCUUGUUGCUGCAAUAUCUGCAUGGUCCUGCUUGCUCUCAACGCUUGAUGGAUGGAGAGUUGAUAGCAAGCUGUGGAAGGGGGCUAUCCCUUACUUCUUGAGCCUACUAAAGACCAACAAUAUUGAAGCUGUACAACUGGUAGCCUGUGAAGCAUUGUUUUUGAUACUGGAAAUUGGAUCUCUCCGUAAGUUCUCUGAUGAAACUGAGGCUUGCGAUGACAUUGCAAAGCUAGUGAGGAGUACAGUCUGCAGCAUAAAUCCAACCAUCAUCAAAUAUUCAGAGGAGGACAAAUUCCCAAAGAAGAGCAUAGCAGUUGGCAGACAAAGAGUAAAUUUAUCAACAUGGUCAGAGUCAAUACAGCUAAAUUUCUUCAAGCAGUUUCUAGGAAAAGAUGGAUUCAUUACUCAUAUGCUUGGAAACAAACUCCUCAGAGAUGUGUUCGAGUUUGUUAACCAAGAGGGUCCUUCAGACACUCGACUCGACGUACCAGAAAGAGAAGAGGUGGUUAAGCACUACUUGCUUCCGGUUCGAAAGCCUAAAGCUAGAGAUAAAGCAAGAAGCAAAGAGAUUGAUCUUUCUUUCUCUUCCAGCAAGGAAAAACUAGUUGAUCAAAGAAUGAACAAGUCGGCAAAUUCUGCUAAAAACAAAGCAAGGACACAGCUCUUGAACAAGAACCGAACGUCGUCAGAGGAAAGAAACAUUGGCCAUUUCAUUUCUGAAGAUUGAAAGUCCAUAUACUUAGACAUGCAAACUAGUCGGCUACUCACUGUGAUGAUCAUAAUUUCCGAGAAAUCUCAUUCUUUUUGGUCAUUAUUGGCAUUGUUGUUGUAACAUAAUUCACACUUGCAAGCUAAUACCAUGCUUUUCAUCACUUAUGCCAA